CAGCACUCUGCAGGAAGUAGUGGAGUUUGCUGCCCAGCAUCAUGAAGGCGGCUGAAGGGAACCUCGUUUGGAAGAUCAUUGCUUGUGAUUAGGAAGUCAUUCCCAACAGUGUGCGAAACUGGACGCGACGCAUAAUUCAUAUUCGGCCCAACAGAAUGUCCAAAAUCAGGCGGAAGGUUACAGUGGAGAAUUCAAAGACCAUAUCAGACAGCAGCACGACCAUCCCCUCCCGCAGGCCCAGCGUGUUUGAGAGACUUGGGCCCAGCACGGCCAGUAAUGCAGCAGAGACUCAUUGUAGAAAUUGGUUAAAGACUGGGAACUGCAGUUACGGCAACACAUGUCGGUACACACAUGGAACCCCAUUACGAGGAAAAGGCUUCUCUGGAACAUUCAACAGGUCAGCUGAGAGGCCCUCUGUGGAUCUCCGGGAGAGGAUGAAGAAUAAGAGACAGGAUGUAGAUGGUGACACUCAGAAAAGAGACGCAGACGAGCCCACUUCACCCACAAACAGACAGCGAGAUUCAUCCCGAGGCAGACACAGAGAGAAAGAGGAUAUCAAAAUCACAAAGGAGCGCACACCAGCUAGUGAGGAGGACAUAGCAGAGUGGGAGGCCAGUCGUGAAGUAGAUUCAGAUAACGGUGAUUACGAUUACGAGUUAUCUCUUGAGAUGAAGAGGCAAAAGAUUCAGCGGGAGCUGAUGAAGCUGGAGCUGGAGAACAUGGACAAACGAGAGGAUAUCAUCAUCAAGAAAGAGGAACCAGUCUCCAAAACCAGUAGUACUUCUAAGGACAGGGCUUCUCCUGCGCACACCAGUUCUAAAGGGUCACCCUCGUCCCGUAAGUCCAGCGGAUCACCCAAACAUAAAGCUGCUGGGAAGGGUGGAAACUCUAGCAAGAAAGAGAAGUUUUCCACUUCCUCAGUUAUCUCCUCUCCAGUGUCUGACCAGACCAGGGCAGAGGAGACAGACAACAGAUCAUCUAAGAGUGGCCAUGGCAUAAGGAAAGGGCCACGGACGCCCAGUCCUUCUCCACCUGUCCCUGCACAGAACCCAGUAAUCGGGAAGAAACACAAAAAUAAACACAAAAACAAGGAAAAAUCUGAGGACAAACUUGAAGAGGGCAAAGAGAGAGGACGUGAUACAGAGAAACACAAAGAGAAAAAAGAAAAGCGAAGAGACCGGUCAGAUAGUUCACAUAAAGCCAAACGCUCAAUAACAUCAGAGGAACGUUCUAGAAACAUUUCCCCGCCUUCCAGGGAAGCAUCACCUCCAGCCAAAAGGAAGUCAUCAUCUCCGAAACCCACUUCCUAUAAACAAGCCUCACAGCAGAGGUCUAGAACUCCACCCCGUCACCGCCGCAGCCCUUCUCCUCACUCCCGACAGCAUCACUCCCCCUCCUCACACUCUGGCUCCUCCACCCAGAGAAACACCCCUUCCCCUUGUCGCAGACGUGGUUCUGUCUCUCCCCUUUAUCUGCGAGACCUUCCACCUCCCUCCUCAACUUCGCCCCCUCCUACUCAGACAUCCCACCACUCCCGGUCUCCACUCACCCCCCAGAGAGAGCCCUCCCUGAGCCUUGCUUCCCGCAGAUCCAGCCCCAGCAUCCGGAACUGCUCACAUGGCAGAGAGAGGGGCAGAGGAGAAAGAGACCGGAGUCCCAUGCUGCAGGAGAGACGCCAUGAGCACAGAGAUGAGAGCCGAGGGAAGCGUGAGAAGGACAGUAGCCGCGAUGAGCAGGACUACGAGAUUGAACAGAGUUCCACACGAGAUGACCGUGAUGCCAGAGACCGCCGCAGUGAGCGGGAUAGACGAGAAGCGCGGGACGAUCGCCAGCACCAUGAAGUCAAAGACACUCGGGACGUCCGUGCCAUGGAAACGCGAGAACGCUCAGGACGAGAAUCCCUGGAACGUAGAGAGAGGGAGCGGGACAGAGAGAGAGACAGAGAGAGGGAAAUAGAGCGAGAAAGAAAUGAAACUCAUAGAAAGGAGGAAACGGCGGCCCAGGAGGAAAGAAAUUAUGGAAGAGGUCAUGGAAGGGAGGUAGUGCGGAAUGAGAGCAGAGUGGACAACAGAAAUGAAUCUCGAGCGGAAAGAACAGGGAGAGGGAGGGGACGUGGAUCAGAUGCCACAGAGAAAGGUUCUGCUCGUGGUAAUAGAGCGUCACAGGGCGACACCAGCAGUACUGGUGGUCAUGACAGCUGGGAGUCCCGCAGCAGUGGCCUGAAAGAGAGGAGCUCUGAGAAGAACACUGAGCGCGAUCGCUAUGACAACGACAGACAGAAAGGAGAACUGGCCAGCGAUGAACGGCGUGGAGGACAUGCGGAGAGAGAUCGCCGUGACAACAAGGAAAGAGAACAAAGAGCGCCUUCUCCUGGCUGUCAACAGAACCAUGGUGAGGACCUGGAGCGGGAUGAGAGGAGAGAUGAUCGAAGGAACGAGCGAGGGGAUGACAGACGAGAUUACCGCACCCGUGAAAGAGACAAGGACAGGGAUAGAGAAAGAGAGAGGGAUCGGGAAAGAGAGAGGGAGAAGGAGAGGGGAAGAGAGGCUGAAAGAGAACGAGAGCGAGCCAGGGAGCGGGAGAGAGAGAGGGAAAGAGAACGAGAGAGGGAGAGAGAAAGGGAGCGUGAAAGAGAGGAGCGGGAAAGGGAAGAACGGGAGAGAGAGAGGGAACGAGAAAGGAAGGAGAAGGAACGGGAGAGUGAGAGACAGAGAGAGUGGGAGGAGAGAGAGAAAGGGAGGGAGGAGAGGCGGGAAAGAAGAGAUGAGCCACAGGACGACCACUCUGGCCGAGACGCUCAUGAAGAAACAAAGGUCCGUAAGAGGCAUCGUGCUGAGAACACUCCCAGUCCACGCCCUUCUAAACGAGGGCGAGACAUGAGCCCUGCAGACAGUAAUGGUUACAACAGCACUGAGGAGAAAGGAGACAAGCACCGGCUUCUGAGUCAAGUAGUUCGUCCUCAGGAGACCUCUCAUUCACCUGUACGCUCCUUUACUGAUGAGAAGCACAACUGCUGGAAGGAUGAAGAUCGGCAUGGUGAUAAAAAGGAUGGCCGUGGCCGACAAGAGGAGGUGGAUUCCUGCAGUGAGAGAGAAGCAGGAAGAGGAGCAGAGCGGCGUGGAGAACACGCUUCAGAAGCUUCUGCUAACAUGGACGUCUCUGACUCCAGGAGGGGAAAAGAGCAGAGAGACCCUCCCAGCGCUGCCCCGAGUCCUCUUGCGUCCAUGGAGCAGAGAGACUCUUUAUCUGCCGUUCAUGAGGAGAGCAAGAAAAAGACUAAAUCUCAGAAGAAAAAUCUGAAGAAGAACCGUAAAGAUGAAGAGGGGGGAGCUGGAGGAGGGGAGCAUAGUAACCUUGAGUCUCCAUCAUCCACUGCGACCGAAGCCCCCCUACCUCUCCUCUCACCCCACAAGAUGCCAAAGAAGAAAGCCUUAGACAGAAAGCUCAAGCGCUCACGUGGUGCCGAAUUGGAUGUUUCUGAGGACGAGCUGGUCACCCAGCACCCCCUCAGCAAGAGACGACGUGGCCCACGUACUCCCCCGGUAAUCAACAAGGACGAUCUUCCCUUCCAAAGGGCCUUAACCGCUGGACAGAGCUCUGUAGCAGCAAAAAUGGACACAAAUUUUAGUGACUGGUCCGAUGAGGAUGUACCAGUACGAGGCGAGACCACAUCUGCCUCUAUGCCGUCCGAUAGGCCUCCAAAGCAGCUACUUCCCUUGAAACAUCCCCCCAGAAGGGGUGCACGUAGGGGGGGGAGAGACCGUACAGACCACCCCAUCGUGCCACUUUUGCCUGAUCCUCCAAUGCUGAUACAGUCUCCUUUACAGCCGCUACUGCCGCAACACAUGCUGCGUAAACCGCAGCAGGCAGACUUGCAGCAGCGCAGCAUGGACAGCAACCAAUGUCGGGCGUCCUCAAGAAAACUCCGCUCUCCCUCCGAUGAGUCGGCUCACCAUGAUGAGGGCCAGCAGGGGAUGAGGUCCCACAGAGGACGCAUGCAGGGCACCAGUUCCCGUGACCGAGACAGAGAGCGGGAGAGAGCAGCCACUAGUGAACCGAUGGGAGGAGAGAGGAAGUCUAGAAUUGACCAGCUGCGGAGAGAAGAGCCCAGUCGGAGCACCUCCUCAGACCGUCAGGAUUCUCGUAGUCACAGUUCUCGUCGCAGUUCACCAGAGUCUGAGCGUCAGGCUCGUUCCAGAGCCGGCUCCUAUGACAGCCGUGAACGUGAUCCAUUGGAACGAGAGCGUGAGAGAAAGGAUCACCGUCAGCUGCAAAAUCAACCAUCCCAACAGCGAGACUGGGAACCAGAACCUCGAGAGUGGGGUGGACGGGUUAGAGAACCCCUCCUUCGUGUAAACCGGGAGACAAUUAGAGAGCGGGAGAUGCGCGAAAGGGAACGCCUCUUACCUGAAGGACUGCUCUCGCAUGACCGUGGCGAAAGGGACAGAGAGCGUGAACGAGAAAGAAUGCUUCUAUUUGACCUUCAGACUCACAGGGAACCAAAGAGCAGAGCUGAGAUGAAGAUGGAGAGGGAAGAUUAUGAGCCUCUGUUACCGAGAGAAGCCCUCAUGGAUAUAGAUAAGCCUGGUAAUAACUCUCACCUGCAAGGGGAAGCAUCUGAGCCAGAGAAAAUAGAUAGCCUUGAUGAAGAGGAGGAUGGAAAGGGAGAUGAUGGGCAGUCUGUUGUGUCGGCUGGUGAGGAGUAUGAGCCAAUCAGUGAUGAUGAACUGGAUGAGAUUCUGGCCGACAGUCAGAAAAGAGACGAACAGCAAGAUGAUGAAAAGAUUUCUGGGCCUCUGGAUGUAAUUGAUGUCGAUUGGUCCAGUUUGAUGCCCAAGCAAAAACAGGAGCCCAGAACUCCCGGUGCAGCACUGCUCAGAUUCACCCCAGGGGCUGUUCUUCUCAGGGCAGGAGUGUCAAGACGCUUGGUGGGGCCUCAGCUCCUUGCCAAGGUUAAAGAGGUCUGCUCAAGAGAACUGGAAGAUCCUAAAGAUGCUGACAAACUGUUGGAGCAUGAUCUGGGUGCUCUGAACAUGGCUGCGUACAACAGAAGAAUGGAGAGAGCCAACCUGCUGAGAAGCAUGGGCCCUUGCUGCAAAGCAUUGUGUGCUCGCCGGGACAUUGCCAUACGUAGACAGCUCCUGAAAAAUGACAAGGGCACAACCAAGCAAAUCUACACCAGCACUCCAGUGGUGGAUAGUGAACUUCUGCAACUCAGUUUGCGACUUUUUAAAAAGAAAAUGGCUGCCAGUCAGACCAGUGGACUGGAGAAGUCCGAUUCAGGCUCUGCAGCCCAACAGCUCAGCACACCAGCAGAGGUGUGUGUCUCCUGAACACGCUUAGUGAGUACAGUCUGGAAGUAGUGAUCUCAGAAUGCUGUUAACCCAUACCUUCACUGAUUACUUUAAAACACUGAAACUAGUAAGUCAGUGCUGCUGAAGGAUUGCUGCCCUACAGCACAGAGACUGGACAUGCUAGCCUGUGGAGAUACAGUCUAAAGGUUUCAUGAUCCUUGAACUUUCAAAAGUGUGGUAAAAAUGUACCAAAUAAUAAACUUUUUGUCAUUUCCAUUUGUUUUAGAGAAGUGUUUUUGUAAUGUCAGAUCUGUGAACAACGGUUGCUGAAUGUUUUUGGAAUGUACAAUGGGUACUAAAGACACAUUGAAUUUACUCUGUUAUGUGCAUCUAGCUUUUGUUCCCCUUGUUUGUCCAUUUUGUUUUAAAACUUUUUUGUGAUCAGUCUGUUUCAGUACUCUAAGUGGUUUCUCGUUUAAUUAAAACAAUAUGACACAAAACGAAAAGCUGGUUUUGUGACGA